AGUGAGCAGACUUUUCCCUCCUUCCUCCCUCCUUCAACUUCAACUUCUGCGAUCAGAAUCCCAUCAAGAUUCUCUCACAAAUCCGACCCACCAUCACGGUCAUCACUUAACCAGCAAGAAGCAAGCUUGUUGCGAUAAAACCUUUGGGCAACUCUUCGAUCAGGUUGCGUGCGUGGUUGUAGAAAGCCCCUCCCAGAACCUUCUGCACGUUCGCAACCAUGUCCACGCAGAAGAACGGAGUCGCGAAUACUCGGCAGUCGACCGGCCGGUACAGGGUCAACUUUAUCGCGGCCAGCGGCCACGAGGAGCAAAUUCUGGUAUUGUGCGAUCCAGAAAGCACCAUCGCCAACCUCCGGGAUGAAGUUGGCCGUCGUCUCAACAGAGCGGGCAUUCCGGUUGCCGCCACCCAGCUACGACUCCGUUUGGAUUCCAGGACGGGACCGCUGCUCAGCGAAGAUGAUCCGGUUGGCCUUGUGCUCCCGGACCAAACCGCCGAGGUUGUCUUCGCGCUUGAGGCAGGCGUGGCAAACUCUGCAGUGGUCCCCCCCAAGAACCAGACCGGCGAGUCUGAAAACCCCCCAGCAGCCCGAGAGACUCGCGGCACGCAACGAAACCACCAAGAUGCGGACAUCGUGGCGGAAGGCGCCGGCGGUUCCAUCAAGGUCCGUGUUGUGACUCCCCACUUGGCUCGACUCCAUAAGAAUACGAAGGAGGUUUCGGUGAUGCCCGUCACAUUUUCCCCCCAAACAACCCUUCGCCGAUUGUACGAGGGGGUAGCGCAGCAUCUGAGCCUGCCGACAGUUGUCGAACCGGAUCGCGACAAACUCCAUCACGAGUGCAACUGCUCUUUGGCCCGCGCUAUCCACCAGGGAACCCUUUUCAGGACUCCGCCCCAGACACCCGCCGCGAACCGUAUUUUAGUCAUUCACUCGAGGAAUGUCGUUGAGCCUAUGGAUUGUGCACAUACCGGCGAGGACGCGGUUAUCAGGGCAGUUCGGGCGCACUAUAGCGCACGCUCUGGAUCCCACGUCGAUGGGAAGAACCUGCGAUUCUUUGCCGCCGUACCCUCGGCAGGUGGGGACACCCUUUUACCCCUUUCAAGUCAAGUGCAGAGCCAGGAUGGUGAGGGCGCUCCACGGCCUCUCAUGACCCCAGCGAUUGUUACCAUCUGCUCAGCCAAACGUCACCGAAGAUACGAGAUCGCAGACGACCAGAAUGCAGACCCGGCGUCGCCAACCACGGCCGCCGUCCUGGACCUCCAUACCGCUGAAUGUCCGAUCUUGACCCAGGAUGUUGACCUCACACUCGAGGAACUUUGCCUCACCGAGCUAGCCAUCGACGGGGUUCUAACCAUUUAUGCUGUUCCCCGGCAGUUUUCAUCGGCCCCCGCUGGAGCUCUGAGCAGCAAGCGCGGCCAAGACGCCAUCUACGUUAAUGGUGCUCACUGGGAAUUGCCAACAAAGCAAACCGAGCGAGGCAUGGCCAUGUUUCUGUCCAGUCUCCGAAUGGCUGUGCAUUUGAUCAGCCGCUAUGAGAAAGCGGGAAGGGCCGAAGAGUACCAUGAUAGCGCGUUGCAUCUCCUCCACGUUUUGACCAGAUUUCCACCCGCGGUGCGGGCCUUGCACAUCCUCCUCGAAGGCAGCGUAGCGGCCGAGGAAGAGUGUGCGGCUCUCAUCCACGCCUGCUACGAGGUCAUGGUGGAUAUGAUGGCGACCUCGGUCCUUGCAAGAAACAGGGAAAAUACCCUCGAGGGAUCUCGGCUUUUCUUCAGCACUCUCUUGGCCAAAGCCGAAGAACUCGCAGUCCGCGACGACCCCAGCGGAUCCAUCCUUCCCUACGUCUGUUCCAUGAAGUCCGUCAACCUAACAAAUAGCGAGACCAUGGAACCCAUCGCGUCCCCAGUCGACACCAAUGUCGGUAUGAUGGAGCAAGGAUGUUUCGACGCCUUGAAGGCCGGCAUCAUUCGGUUCCCUGAGGGCGAACUGAACCAAUCUCUGAAUCAGACGGUCCUCGACGGCCGAACCAAGAGGGCCGUUAUUCUUGGCGGGGGUACGCUUUUGACCAACACCAUGUUCGACAUGGAGAUUGCGUACUCGAGUGGCCGCUACACCGACAACUUUGACGAAGCCAAGAUCUUUCCCGCGGGCGAACUCACCAACAUCUUACAACAUGCUGCCAAUGCUUUCAAGGCAAAGCUUCAGGUGGUGGCUCCGGCAUCGUUGGGCUCCGCACCGAACCCCGUCUUGACUCUUGACCGGGACGGCUUUCUCGCCGUCUAUCGUGGGAGGAGGCCAUGCGGUGACCCGGGCCGAGACUUCAUCAUAUUCCGACCAACCAAAGGCGGCGAGUGUGAGAUCGACAUCUCCAUCGUUGCGCAACUGCUAGAGCCCAUCAUUGCUACCCGUGUCGCGGACGGUACCGCUAUCUUCGAUGGCGAGUUUUAUGCCGCACAGCGCAGAUCCGACAAACCGGACGAAAUUCUCAUGAUCUGCGUGGACUGCAGCUCAAGCAUGUCUGAAUCGGCAGGUUUUGUUGACACCACAACAUCCCACGAUGACGAUGAAGAUGAUGGAGGGCGAUCAGAGGCAGAUGGUUUGCUUGCCGAGAUUCGUGAAAACGAGAUAUACAUCGGCAGCCUUGAGGAUAUGAAGGAAACCUUGCAAGCGCAUGAAUCGUUCGGUGAUAUGGUGCAUACAGUUAGAACCGGCCGCCAGGGGACAGAACGAUCUCUAUCGAGUCAGCUCAUCAAGCGAGUCAUUGAGCUGAACAUCACGAAGCUUAUGCACAAAAUGGAGAAGCUAGAGGGCGUUCGACAACGCGUAUGGAGAGACCGAACUGGUGAGGGCAGGCAAUUGGAAGACACGAUAAACAUUCUCCGCAACCAAAUCGCCGGAUUUCUCGCCCACGAAGCCGCACUUUCCGAGUUUCUGAUAUACCGCGGCUGUGGGAUCACCGAAUCUGGGCAGCCCAACGGCUGGCGAUGGAGCAGCGGGGAUGCGAUCCCGGCCCUUCCAUCAAACGGACCGGGAACGCCCCAAUUCGCUUCCACGUCCCUGGGCCUUACGGUACCACAUGAUCUCCGCUGUCCAAUGACUCAAGAGCUUUUCCGGGAGCCGGCGUCCACUCAGGACGGACAUACCUACGAGACUGCCGCGAUUCGCAAGUGGCUGCGCAUUGCCGAGACAUCCCCCCUUACCGGACUUCGGCUCUCCUCAACCCAGCUGACCAUCGACAGGCCGAUGUUGCUGCGGGCCAAUACCUGGGCUGAAGGCGCAGAGGUCCUUCCUGCCACUCCCUCAAGACGUCCAUUUGCGCGAAGAAGUGUCACCUUGGUUCGAGUCCACUUUGUAUCCCCCCUCGCUCAGUUUACGCGGUUGGUGCCGCCAGCUACUUCGAAGUCGGCCCUGUAUGAACUGGCAUUUCGGGGGCUGCGAGGUCAGUACCCAAACUUCUCUCUCGUCCACGAUGGCUUAAUUUUCCGGCCCGGUGCCGAACGUCUUUCCAUCUUGAUCCCGACCGAUGGGUUCCGCAUCACGAUCCGGUUACCCGAAACGGGGCAUGCCCAAACGGCUUCUGGGGAUGGAUCAGACCUUUGUCUCGUCAAGGUUUACCGCUCUCACGGUUCAGCCGCGUUUUCGUAUUGGGUGAGGAGGGAUACAAAAGCCACGGUUGGCAGUGUUCUGUUCAAAACAUUCCGGCAUGUUCGCGAAGUCGGCACUUUCCCAAGCGGUAAUGCUUGGACGGGGAUAGACGUCGUUUGGCAUUCGCUGAGGUACACGGGAGACGGGAAGAUGAAUGGCACAGCUACGCGUCACUGGGAACAGCUUUCCGGGUUGCUCAAGGCACAGUACGCCACCGGAGUGCUGGGACCGGAACCGCUAUAUGCAAAACCCAUACACGACGGUUCGGGAGGUAGCAGUGGGGGCACAGAGGAAAACACCACGUCGUCCCCUAAGUCACAAGGACCCAUGGUUUUGAAGUUAUACGUCUGCGGCCCUUCUCGAAAAGGCAAAGACAGGGCCUAUAGUUCCCGCCUGAGUAUCCUCAAGCAAAUGUUCGACCAAUUCGUCAACCGCAUUCUUGCUUACGGUUACUCAACGCAUCUCGGUCUCAUCAAGUUCGACAACACCGCUCAGGUCGCCCAGCGGCUCUCGCCCGUGAUCGAGAACUUUCGAAACACCGUCCAGGAACUGAAACACACAGGAGACACAGCAUUAUGGAACGCCCUUGCGCUGGCUCGAGAUCAGAUCCAGGAGUACUCUGCCGCCUACCCGGAUGCCAAGAAGAGGAUCUUGUGCAUCUCCGACGGCGUUGACACCAGUUCAAAGACCAACACAGGGUCGAAUCUCUGGAAGCACCUGGCGGACGACGAAAUCGUAGUCGACUCCUUCUGCCUAGGCCAGGACGAGAACUCGGAUCUGCGCACCGUAUCCUACCUCACCAACGGGUACAAGUUCCACCCGCGAUCCCUGGAGCAGGCCAUGGCCAUCUGCGAGAUGGAGCCCGUGCUCUCGCAGCUCGAGCGCCCCCUGGCCGAGAUCUCCGCAUCACGGCAAAACACCCCGAGACCCUGGCCACGCGCCGGCGAACGAUUCAGGCACGCGCGCUCGUCCGCCACCGCCGAGGUCGUCACCCAAGACAUCUUCCCCAAGCGCAUCGAGCACCCGAGCCUCAAAGACGACUUCGUCGAGCUCAAAGCCGUCCCGCGGCGCCUGCUGGCCGAAACCCGCAACCCCACCAACACCACCACCGGCACCACCACCAGCACCACCACCGGCACCACCCCCGCCGCAGCAGCGGCAGUCUACCUGCGCACGCACCGCAUCCUGACCGAGAUCCAGCGCAUCGUAGCCGACCCGCACCCGCACGCCGACGUCUACGUCAGCGAGCGCGACAUGUCCUUCUGGAAGGUCGUGCUGCAGGGCCCGCCAGGCAGCGUGUAUGCCGGUGGGACGUUUGUUGUUUACCUGCACAUGGAGGAGGACAGCUACCCGUCGUUCGCGCCCAAGGCGCGGUUUGUCACCCCGAUCUAUCAUCCAAAUGUGAAUCGCCACGGCAGGAUUUGUCAUAGUAUAUUGGAUCGGAAUUGGACGGUUGAUACGACAAAUGCGAUGGUGAUUGCGACGGUGUAUGGGUUGUUGAUGGAGCCGGAUUAUAGCGAUCCUGUGAAUAUUGUCGUGACGCUUGACUUUCAUCACGAUCAGGUCGCGUUUGCUGAGAUGGCGAGGGAGUUCAUCCAGAGGCAUGCGACCAAGACUCGGGCGCAGUGGAGGGCUGAGAUUCUGGGGAGUCAGAUUGGGCAUGCUGACGCUGCUCCGGACGUUGCUAGGACAUGAAUUUCCGUGUUUGAGGAGUCUGGUCGUUUUUCUUUUUUCCUUUCUUGUCUUCCUACCCUUCUUCACAGGGGCGCUAAAAGGGCCGAUGUGGAUGCGGUCGUGGCAGGGGGCAUGAUCUGGGAAUAGCUUCAUCCGAGUAGCUUGGCACUUGUGAGCUAAGGGUAGCCGAGGCCUUUACAGGGCCCAGGCCGUUACAGGGGGGGCUCUUGUUGCGAGAGACGGGAAACGGUGAUGCAGGAUGAUUGGGUGCUGUGGUGUAUUGUUCAGUGGCAAAGACCAGAUUAGGUAUAUAAGGCGAUGACAAUACAACAUUUGUGUGCAUGGUCGG